AUGUCGAUUCCGAAAAAGGUGUUAGAGAAAUUCAUUCAGAAUUUCAACAUACCUAAAGCAAAAUCGAAACUCUCCGCCGAAAAUGCUGGAGGAAGGCUCUUUCCGUCGAGAAAUACCAAAAACGACGCAGCAUCCAAUUUUCGAGCCGACCAAGGGUCCCCGUACACGAAUGACCCUAACACCUUCUCGGUCAACGUGCAAGCAAACGCGAACGCCUCAAAUACCUCUGUCAGAAGAUUCGCAGAGAAAAAUCCAGACAAGAAACUCUUCGCAUUUCCUAUGAAGAAGGACGAUACUGAUGAAGAUGUGAAAAAGAAAAUGAUUGACGCAGCAAAAUCUGGAGGUUAUUUGUAG